AAGUAAACAUUUUGUUUUCAGAUCCCAGUGACUUGAUGUUAAGGAUUUACAGAGCUGAAUCAUAUGCUGGCCUCCAUGAAUUUAAAACAGCUGUAGAAGAUCUAAAUUUUGUUAUCUCUAAAAUGCCAAAUUGGCCAGAGGUCUACUUCAGGAAAGCAAAAGUGCUCCAUGACUCUGGCUUCAUAGGUGAUGCCUUAAAACUGUUUCUGCAGUGUUUAGCUCUUGAUGAGGAUUUUAUUCCAGCAAAGAUAGAAGUAGAAAAGACACUUUGUGAUUUGCUGUCACCAGAAACUGUGAGAGAAAGUCUGAAGGAAUCUGCUUGGAGUUCACCACAUAUUCGAAGUAAACCUUUGGCACUUGAUUCUGCGAUGGAAGAGUCUUACUACGAAAUACAACUUUCUCCACAGCAGCAAUUGGGAGGAUCAGAAGUAACAGUCGAGUCUGUCAAUGCAAGUCUAAAUCGUGCACAGUCUGCCCAUGCUCUUAACUCAACAGAAAAAUUUGCCAAAGAAGAUGGACUAAAAAGGGUUUCUUCUGAACCUCUACUGUCUGGCCAGGAGAAGGGUGCUUUGCUGAAAAGGAAGCUUUCCCUUUCAGAACAAGAUAUGCUUUUGUGUGAAGAUGGAAGAAGCAAACUUAAAAAACAAGGAGAAACUACAAAAAAGGAUAUUGCACUUGUUUGUGGAACAAUUCCAGAGGACUUGGUUGAUGUAUCUGACUUUGAAUGCUCUCUGUGUAUGAGGCUAUUCUUUGAGCCAGUAACAACCCCCUGUGGCCAUACUUUUUGCAAGAACUGUUUAGAACGUUGUUUAGAUCAUGCCCCACAGUGUCCACUCUGUAAAGAGAGUUUAAAAGAGUAUCUGGCAAGCAGGAAAUACUGUGUCACAGAACUACUAGAAGAAUUGAUUGUGAAAUACUUGUCUGAUGAAUUAUCUGAGAGAAAGAGAAUUCAUGAUGAAGAAACUGCUGAAUACUCAAACUUGACCAAGAAUGUUCCAGUAUUUGUUUGCACUAUGGCAUAUCCCACUGUGCCUUGCCCUCUUCAUGUGUUUGAGCCAAGAUACCGACUGAUGAUUCGCAGAAGUAUGGAAGCUGGGACUAAACAGUUCGGGAUGUGUAUAAGUGACUCUCAGAACAGUUUUGCAGAUUAUGGUUGUAUGCUGCAAAUUAGGAAUAUUCAUUUUCUACCUGAUGGGCGAUCUGUUGUUGAUACAGUUGGUGGCAAAAGAUUUAGAGUUUUACGAAGAGGGAUGAAAGAUGGCUAUUGCACAGCAGAUAUUGAAUAUUUGGAAGAUGUUAAGGUUGCAGAUGAAGAAGAUCUAAAGAAACUGAGAAAACUUCAUGACUUCGUGUACAAUCAAGCCUGCCGCUGGUUCCGAAGUUUAAGGAACAAAUUUCGCACCCAAAUCCUUCAGCACUUUGGGCCAAUGCCAGACAGGGAGGAAAACAUACAGGCAACACCUAAUGGACCUGCAUGGUGUUGGUGGCUUCUAGCUGUCCUCCCUGUAGACCCCAGAUAUCAGCUCUCAGUUCUGUCUAUGAUGUCUUUGAGAGAACGUCUGAUCAAAAUCCAACAUAUACUCACAUAUUUUUCUAGAGACCAAUCCAAGUGACUAACUGCCUGGAUCUUCCUGAAGAGUUGCUCUGUUCUGGUUGCAAUAACAGCUGGAAUUUUUGCUGCCUUUGCACAUCUUGCGCUGGUUUGAGAAGUAUAACAAAACUGCUUUCCCCCUCCCUCCCACCCAUUCCCCCUAAAUUCCCUGAACCAUAUGGUUCUUCAAAUGGAUACCUUCUUCAAUUAGAAGGAUAGACCACUAAAUUGCACAGAGAAGUCAAUCCAGCCAGAGAAUAUGUAGAAAAUGAUCUACAUAACAAUUUGCACUGUGUACAAGAGAUUGUGUCAUUCUAAGACUUGAUAACAUUUUGCCACUGACUUUUUUUUAAAGCUGUGGGAAGUGCAAGACUUAAGGCUGACAGUCCAAGUUUACAAUAUUAAAGAUGUAUUCAAGUUUUUGCAAACAAGAGUUUGCCUCCGAAACAACUGUCCUGUUGCUAUUUGCACAACUAUUUGAAAUAUAGUAUUGAAUGUCACUGAUAUUAUUGCUCUUGCUGAAUUGUCUUGACCAUGAAUAUGGCACAAAUUCUUAUUUUGUAAAUAUAUGCAUCACUAAAUAGGUGACAUUAUGAAUUGUAUGCUGAAUUUAGAGCCAAUUUUAAAGAACAAGUUAAACCCAAAUUGUAACAUGGUACUUCUGUUAAAAGAUAAACUGUGAAUAUGGUUUACAUACCUAGAACUGUACAUUCUAAGGGAGAAAUUGUAAUCUGAAGGUUAGUACCAGUUAAAUUUCUACUGGGGUUUUCAAACUGGCUGUCCUUCUGAGCACUUAGUUUUUAGACAUUAUAACAAUCCUAAUGGUUUAGGAUUAGCUUUAGUAUAACAUGCUAGGAAUUGUGCAUCCAGGAUUAUUUAAAAAAAAAAAAAAAAAAAAAAGCUUAAAGGGCUUGAUUAAAAAAAAAUA